UUCAGUAGACACCAGAGGCAUUUCAUGUGCACAGUAAUGUUUUGCUGCAAUGUUUGCAACAUCAAAGAUCGAAGAAGGAAAAACAAGGAAGAGACAUAUAGAGAUUCAGUCAGCGAAAUUCUGGAAAAUCCCAAGGCAGAUGCUACUGUAGAAGAACCAGAAGCACCAGAGGAAAACCCCAGCUCUGACUAUUCACUCAGCAAUAAUUUGGACAAUCCCAAGGCAGAUGCUUUUGCAGAAGAACCAGAAGCACCAGAGGAAAACCCCAGCACUGACUUCAUGGCAGAUUCACUCAGCAAUAAUUUGGACAACGACAAACCCAAGGCAGAUGCAGAAGAACCAAAAGCACCAGAAGAAAACCCCAGCACUAAUAAGAAUGCAUAUUCUUUACCCAGGGCCCAGACAUAG